CUGGAGGGCCGAUGCAGGUGUAUAUAAAGAGUAACAGUGUGGAUUUUCUCACAUCAAGAGGAAACUCACCAUGAAGGCCCUGAUAUUCCUCACUCUGCUUGGCGCAGCAUUUGCUGCAGCUGAGGACGAGAAGGUUGUCGGAGGGUACGAGUGUCCCGGACACUCUGUUCCCUACCAGGUGUCUCUGAACGCUGGAUACCACUUCUGCGGUGGAUCCCUCAUCUCCAGCCAGUGGGUGCUGUCUGCUGCUCACUGCCACAUGUCUCGCAUCCAGGUCCGUCUUGGCGAGCACAACAUCGCUGUGAACGAGGGCACCGAGCAGUGGAUUGAUGCCUCCAUGAUGAUCAUGCACCCGUACUACAACAGCUACAACCUGGACAACGACAUCAUGCUGAUCAAACUGAGUUACCCCGCCACCCUCAACAGCUACGUCCAGACCAUUUCCCUGCCCAGUCGCUGCCCCGUGGCUGACGAGAACUGCAUGGUGUCAGGGUGGGGAAACACGAUCACCAAUGGCAACAACUUUCCCGACAGGCUGCAGUGCCUGCGGCAGCCCAUCAUUGACGACAGGAUCUGCAUGAACGCCUACCCCGGCAUGCUCACCGCCAACAUGGUUUGCUCCGGAUUCAUGCAGGGAGGUGCCAGCAGCUGCCAAGGAGACUCCGGUGGUCCUCUGGUGUGUAAUGGCCAGCUGCAGGGAGUCGUGUCCUGGGGUUAUGAAUGCGCCAUGCCGGGACACCCCAGCGUCUACGCCCGUGUGUGCCGCUACAACAACUGGAUCAGCAGCGUCAUGAGCAGCAAUUAAAUGCGCACAGUCACCCAUACAUUCACGCGCGAGCUGACGCUGACACAAUAUACUCCAGUGCUCGUACUCUGUUUAUUUAGAACACCUUUUGCAUCAACGUCAUUCACAUACAUCUCAUAAAUAACAUGUUCAAGCAUUACAUUCUGUAAAGACAAAACACUGGACGAAUAAAUAAAAAUACACAUUAGCA